ACCUUUCUGUCUUUGUGUAAACAUUUAAACAAAUAAAACUAUAGGAUAGUAAUGAAAAAUAGCUGCAUAAUACUGUUUCAAAUUUCCCUUUGGUCAAAAUUUAGAUGCAGCUUCUAGCAAUCCCUGGAACACCAUACUUCUGAUAAACUUUUCUUGCCGCGUCGCUGUACAAAAUAACAGUCAUGGUCCUCACACCGGAGUAACAGUGGUCCGGUAUCUUCUUGUUCCAUAUUUUAGCCUUGAUUUGCAUCAGUAUAAAGCAUUUUUAAAUAUUUUCAUCGAUGCGCAGCUGUAUCGUGAAUUCGUCUGCACAAUUCCCACAAGAUCAGGCCAAAAGCGAGCGGUCUAAGUUAUGAAACAGUAAUGGUACGCUCAUUGAUUGCUUCAAGAGUUCAAGAGUCUACAUGGAAUCGCGACACCCGAGCCAUCUACAUCAUGAAACCCCUUAAGUAGCAUGAUCAGUUGCAGCACAUGGCAAACAAAUGCUUCCUGUUAAUAAAACAACUGAACAGUCAAUUACAUGCCAUCUAACGCCUCCAGCUUCAAUCUUAUAAACGUUUAAACCCGGAUCUUGUAUUUCGAAGUGAUUUGGCGAUUAUAACCGAAAACAAAACUGUUUCUGAAAACAAAUGCCAUGUCGCAAAAUGUAACGAUUUUGAAAACAUAUAAGAUACUGCGACUGCACAAGACUGCAGAGGUGGUCGUGGUCAACAAACUAAGCGAGGAAUCGAACAGGCGAUCACGGGUAAUGGUGAUCACAGGCGAUAAUGGCACAGACAGUCAUCGUACACUAAGAUGAGUGUGCGAUAAUGGCACAGACGAUCAUCGUACAGGCUAAUGGGAUACUUACGGCAAACGAUAAAAUUGUCUACCAUUAUGUGACGGUAUGUUAAAUAUACCCUAGUAAUUUCUAGCGACGAAGGUCUCGAAACAAAUUCAAAGGUGUUCUAAAAUGUCAAAAAACGUUGAUAUUAUUUAAUCGCGUACUGGCAUGGAGUCGUUCAGGAGAAUAGAUUUCAAACUUCGAUUAGCAACAAGCACAGAGAGCUGCUGGUGCUUUUACAUGAUAUUUAAGGAUAGUUACACUAGGUAAGGGUGAACACACUACAAGGAACAUACUAAUUUAGGUGAUUAUACUAACAUGGGGGAACACACUAAUACCAGACAAAACCACACACUGCAAGAAUGACCACAACAAUUAAGGUGACCACAACAAUUAAGGUGAUUUCAUUAAAUAUGGGUGAACAUGCUUAUUCUGUGUAAACACACUAAAAAGGUGGAAAAACUAUUAAAGGUGAUCACACUUAUUAAGGUUGAACAUAGUAACACACUAACUGCACUGGAAAUUGGAGGUUAGCUACGCCGAGUGUGCUGUUUGACCCCUUUAGAAAGAAGAGCAGAAUAAAUAACAGUUGAGGUCUUUGAGCAAAAUGUUAGCAAAAAUGAAUCUUUUUUAAGUGAUCAGGAGGUAUUCUUUAUAAACAUAACAGAAACGUUUACAAGGUUUUAGGAUUGAUGGUUUUCCAAAAUUUAGCUACCUGUCUCAAUUUCCAUGAACUGUCCUUGCCAUUGUUUGUCUUAUUUUACGUGCAGAGAACAAGGAGCAAGAAAGAGUUGAGUCGUGCAACGACAAACCUGAUGGACGAAAUGGACUGAACAAAGCUAUCGAAUUAUUACACCUAUAGACAAAUUGAGUUUUUAAAAUUAGCUGCGCUGUGGUUUGAGCAUGUGGUGGAAUAGAUAAGAAGAAGAAAAAGUGUAAACAGGCCUAAGAAGGUCCAUUAUAAGGUUGCGAUUGUAUCAAUGUUGUGGUAAAAAAUGAUAGUGACUUUUGGGUGACCGGCAGUGACUUUUGGGUGGCCGGCAGUGACUUUUGGGUGGCCGGCAGUGACUUUUGGGUGGCCGGCAGUGACUUUUGGGUGACCGGCAGUGACUUUUGGGUGGCCGGCAGUGACUUUUGGGUGGCCGGCAGUGACUUUUGGGUGGCCGGCAGUGACUUUUGGGUGGCCGGCAGUGACUUUUGGGUGGCCGGCAGUGACUUUCUUGGUUCUUGGCGAUAGAUUGUGCGUCUCAUAGCAGGGAAAACUACGUUUGGCAUCAUAGCUUGCAUGAUGCAACAGAAAAUGUUUCUUUCCAAUGAUGUGUUCAGGCAAACAAAGCCAAAAAGAACACAAGUUAAGGCUGAUUUUUGUUGCAGCAGAUUGCACCACAACCAACUAACAGUGCAGCCUAACGAUCUCCAGUUCGAAAACUGACGACCAUAACGUAAGAUAAUGAAAUUAACGUUUUCCGCCGACCUUUGUCAGUCUAGCUUUUUUAUCCAAAGGCAAAUUUUGACGCAAUUUGCUUACGCUAGUUCGUUGUCAGUGGAAAUUGAAACGUUAUGGACGAUAGAAUUCUAAAUAAACGAUUUUACAGAAGCGCUGAGUGGUGAAUUGAUAUGAUAAGGAACUUGCGACUGACACACAUGCUUGGUGUCUAUGCGGCUAGCAGGUCAUGCGCUCGGGUGAAUGACAGCCCAAGCAAUGCAUAUUCAUGCGCUCUGCCUUCACAGGUGAAGCAUCGCUGAGACUGUUCAGUUGACGAUUUGCUCACGACGUGACAGAAGCAACAAGUCAAUCGAAGAACUCUUUUGCUGUAAUCAUAUCAAGGACUUUUUUCUUGGAAGAAACAAAACAUAGAAUGUCUGCCAAUAACAGCACCACGCCAGUUGCUAGCAGUGCGAGCAUGAGGGAAAACGGAACCGUGAAGUACAAUUAUCCUUCGAUUAUCAUCAUUGGUAUAUUGAUUGUGUUUGAAAACACUCUCGUCUGCCUUGCGUUUACUUUUAGCCGUAAGCUGAGAAAGCGACAAGCAAACAUUUUGGUGUGCAGUCAAGCCGCAGCAGAUCUUAUCAUGGGCCUUGUUUUUGUUCCAUGGAUAUUAGUGGAAAAGUACACGGGCAAACACUACCACUCCGGCUACAUAGUAAUGUACGUCUUGUUUGUGUCUUUGUUCAAUUUGCUAAGCUUGGCACUUGAUCGUUACUUGGCACUGAUAAAACCACUGAUGCACCACUUAGUGAUGGAUGUGAAUAGAACAAAGAAAAUGUUGCUGGGAAUAUGGAUAGCACCCUUCUUUAUAACCAUCCUGCCGGUAUCUUGGCAGUAUUACGCAUCCAAGGAAACUGCAGGCCUCACACAAAAAGUAUACUUGUAUAUAUUUUGGGGACUAAUGCUCUUCUUAUGCGGCAGCAUGAUUUUCAUGUAUAUUCGAAUCUAUCGUACGGCUGCAAAGACUAUAAGACUCCGACAGAAGAGGAUGAACGCCGUAGGAACGGUAAGAGAGAACAGGAUCAAAACAACGAGGAAAGAAUUGCGAAUCGCUCAUCUGUUUGGCCUUCUUCUUUUCUUCUUCAUACUUGCCUACCUGCCAAUUCUAUACAUAAACCUAAAAGCACUUCUUGGCCUUGGGGACACUCCAAUUCUUAGGAAGCUUGCCCUUUAUUGCCUUAUAACCAAUUCAAUGGUCAACCCAAUACUUUGCCUGCUAUUGAAGAAAGAUUAUCAAUUGCAAAUUAAGCGCUGGAUAUGCUUUGAAUGGGUAACAGAGCGCUGGAGUGACGAGAGCCCUGGAUCUCAGGUCUCGUGUCGUACAGGAGUUGAUGACAUGGAGACAACAGACAGUGGAUCAGAAGGGAAACGAAAGCGCUUAGCUGCAAUUUCGCGUAAAUCAAAAAGCGUUCCUAAACACAAUAAGAAUGAUGCUGACAUAAAAGUACGCUUCGAGCAAGAUGGCGUUGCUUUUCUACCCAAGACAAAUAAAAGCAAUUCUAAAAAUGGUAUCAGUGAAAACGGAAUCAAGAUAUAUUCUCCAUCGGCAGACAUCAACAAGAAAGACAAAAUCUUUUCAAAAGAAGAUGAUCUCGCGUCAAUGGAAAAAUUACAAGAUGCAUACCCGGAAAAGGAUAGUGGAAGAAAGGACGAGAACUCAAUUGAUGGAAAUUCUGAUAACACGCAAAUAUUACUGCCAAAGAACACUCUUCUAAAGCAAUCGGUCGACGCAAGCUUAAUGAGAUGCGGAAAUAAAACUGAAGAAGACAAACUGGCUAUGGAUGAUGGUGAGAAACAUCUGAACACAGGGGAACCACUGGAAAACAUGGAUUCAAGCGAUAAUCAGGAAAUCGAGACUGAAGACGAUUCACAGCCAAUUCUACAAAAAUAAUAUAAAAACUCGACAGACGGAUUAGAAGCAAGAUUGUAAAUAGUUAUCCAUCUCAGUUAGGAUUCGAUGUUAUCUCAAGCUUUCUAUGUUUGAUGCAUCUCACACAAAUGAACAACAGGACAAAGCACUUCGCAAAUUAAUGCGAUUAAUUGUGGAAAACAUUUCCUGUUUAAAAUUCAUAAAACUCAAAAUGGGAGCAGUGCAACAUUACAAACGAUGCUAAAUGUGAUUGUUUAUAGUAAUACUCCAUAAGAACUAAACAACUGGUAGGGUUAUUUAAAAAAUCUACUUUUGCCAGUUAUUAACGGUACUGAUGAUAUUGUAAUUGGUUUCACAAACAGCAGCCAAAUCGGUCGCCUCUCCGCAAUGGAUAACCCACGAUGUACAGACAGUCAAACAAUUAAAUGUCUUCCCUGUUACAGCAUCAUCAACAUGUUGCAAACAAAAAACCCAUCUCCUAAGCUAUAAUGCUGUGUAAUCGCUAAAAAGUCUGCUUCAAGAACAUCAGAAAGAUUCAUAUCUUAUCACGAUGCAGGUGGAGGAAAGUCAGUAGAAAUGACUAACAGAAGCUAACCAGUUUCUUAUUUUAGGAACCUCCAGCCCCUUUGUUGUAGUAAUGUUUACGGUUUUAAUUAGACCAGAUAGUAAAGCAGCCUCUUGUAGGAGAUCCAAUUGCGUUAUAAUUAUUAUUUGGUAUGGAACCGGCACAAAAAAUGGCACAAAAAGAUGGACCAUAGAAGUUAUACAUCGAGUUCACACAUUAUUAGUUAUUAUUGAAUUGCGCAAAGCCAAUCCCUGGGCUACGAAAUAUUUCAGCUCAGAAUGCUCAGGUUGGAUUGUGAAGCUUUAGAUUCAGAUUUUUCAGAAUAAAGAUUGACCCAGGCAAAUAUUUUUCGUCGCUUACAUACCCAAUUAUACAGAUUUUUACACAACUCUUGCUGUUUUUGAUUUUGUUUACAAACAAAACCUGAAUUUUCCUAGUAUGUGAGACCCAAAAAUUAGUUUUCCCUCAGAUUACCUUAAAAAAUACCCUGAGCAUCCCUAUCAUAAGUAAACCAAAGUACCCAUCUCCCCUCCCCCUAAAUUUGCAAACGAUACAAACAUUAUUGCGCAAUUACAUGAGGAUGACUAGCUUUUUCAAGAUUUUAAAACACUCAGUUAAUGAUAAAUGUAUUAACAAAAAGAUAAAAAUACAAAAAUGAUUCCUUAAAAUAAAGGUGAUGGGAAGUAUUAUGAUGUAACAAAGGCAAUAAUUAUUGAUGUCGUUCUAUUCUUUUCAAUCCUCCUCAGAUACUUCUUCGAAGCAGAAACGGGUACAAACCUUAAUUUCUCAUCAUAAUAAAAAUCCAUUGCAAGAAAUAACAAUUUUAUAUAUACGAAAAUAACAAAAAUAUUUUCAAAUAAAAUUUUUCUUGAUAACAAAGCAAAACCAAACACAAGUCCACCUAGACCAACACAAACUAUAUCAAACAGAAACGUUAUAAGUGCAAACUUCAACUAGAUAACUAUGCAAAAAAAAUCAGACUUAAGUUAACAAAAUUCGACCCCGAUAAGCCAAAUUAAGCGAAACCAAGACAUUUCAAACUGACUUAAAAACAAACAAACAAACAAAAUAAGGAAAUCAACAAUUUCAUGGCCAAUUAAUCUGAUAAUGACCUAAAAAUAUAUUACUCAAGACAAAAAGAAAUUAAAACAGAACAGAUAAUAAACAAACAAAAACAAUAGCAUUUAGUCAAAUCCUGGAAAAAACCGGACCGAAAAACCGGAACAAAAAACAAUCCAAAAAAUUUCAAAGGAAAUUCAAAGAAAAUCCAAAGCCAAUCGAAAAUCAAUCCGAAUCUAACCGAGAGGCAAUCCAAAGCAAAUCCAAAAACCAAUACAAAGCCAAUAAAAAGCCAAUCGAGAACCAAUGCAGAGGCAAUCCAAAAUCCACCACAAGCAAAUCCGAAAUUAAUCUGAAACCGAAUAAUCUCAUCAAUAGAUUCUUUUGUGGAAUACAAAGUUUAACACAAGCAGCUUCUUUGUAAAAAUGAAAAACAUUGUUCCAAGUUUAUUGUUCGGCAUGAUUAACAUAUGUACCAAAAAGAUCCGAUGACUAAAAACAUCCUCCCCUCCGAUUUUUGACCUCAUUGCCCGGUAAGGUUGCAUUCAGUUCAUUUAUCCGGACCUGCUUCAAAGCAUGAAGACCUCUUUUCCCUAAAAACUCGUUCGCGAGAAUCGCAAUUCAAAAAGCGAUCAUAUUAAUUAGAACAUCAUUAAUCAAUAUAAAUAUAAAUGGCAGAAUUUCGAAAUUCAUUUAUUCUUAUCGCUUCGAAGAUAGAAAAUUUUAAGGGUUUUUUUAAAAAAGUCAAGCCAUUGCCAGGCUUUUAAGUUCAUUUAACAACACAAUGUUACAUGAACCGUGUAACUAAUAGCAAAACGACAAGACAAGACAACUAAUGAUGAUGUAUGAGAAUAGUGAAACCAGGAAUGGAUAUGACUAAGUAGAAAACAAUGGUAUUAUAGUUUUGAUAGUAGCCUGAUAUCUUGCAAACAAAAUAGUAGCGUGUAUACCUUCAACAGAAAUAAUAGCGGACCCAAACAAGGGCACUAAGGUAAACCGCAAACAAUAUGCUGAACACCUGGGGUUCAACCGUUCACUUCAAAGGAGUGUCAAAGACUUUGUAUAGCGUCGAGACAUCAUGACUGCAAAGCUUUUUCUUGAAGGCGACAAAUCUAAAUCAGUUUUAUUUGCACUGGUCCAUGGAAAUUUCCUAAUGAUUCUACAAUCCAUUAGCCGAGAAAACAUGACUCAGGGCAAAACUCCAAACCACAUCAAAAUUUAAGCCCUUGCAAGAAUUGGGAAAGGAUUUAGUCUUUAUUUUCUUUUAAAAAAUGAGCAUGCUAAUAUCAGUUGAAGUUGAAUUUUCAGUUUAUUUCUAUACACAGGGAUAGCUUCAGUCUAUACGGAUGGCCAAAUUAAUGGAUCUUUCUAGGCCUAUCACACUUUUAAUAGACGUAUCUUGUCCCUUAUUAAAGUCUUAAUAAAUGAUUGCAGACAAUCUUGCAGACAAAAGCACUCUUUUAUCACAAGUUUUACGAAAUGAACCAAUCUUUGAAAACAGACUUUCGAUCAAGGCCAAUCCACUGCAAACAAUAUCUAUACUCUCAGAUCACAGCAUUAAGUGGAAAAGAGAUAUGUGGAAAAUAGGCUGGUUUUGAUCAACCUUUACAACAGUUAUCGGCGAAGCAAGCUAAAAAAUGACAUGUUUAAAUUAGAGAAAAUAGAAAAUGGUGUCUCGCAAGGAUCCUGUUUAGGUCCUUUCAUCUAAUUCACAUUCAUGGUCUGUUUUACCUUGCGCAAUCGAUGGUAAAUAAGAGUGCUAACAAAAAGCCCCCAUUUCACAACUUUUUCAGUUUUUCAGUUUAAAAUUCCAGGGAAAGUUAUUUUUAAGACUAUGUUGGUAACAAAGGCAAAGUCAGUUGACCUCCGUUUGUAUCCAACGAGAAGCACUUUGACUGUUUUCAUACACACAUUAAGUGCAAAAAAAAAUA